GGUGCGGCGGGGUGAGUCCGGGUCUGGGCUUGUGCUGACGCGGCGCUGGAGCUUCUCUCUCUCAGACCGGGGAGAAGAUACGUGUCAGUCCCUCUUUCAGCCGCAGACCAGCAGCAGAACAGCAGAACCAGGAUCAGGAUCAGAGCCAUGGCACCUAAAGGAGGCAGUAAACAGCAGUCUGAGGAGGACCUGCUGCUGCAGGACUUCAGCAGGAACCUCUCCGCUAAAUCCACCGCGCUCUUCUACGGGAACGCGCUGAUCGUCUCCGCCAUCCCCAUCUGGUUGUUCUGGAGGAUCUGGCAUAUGGACCUGGUUCAGUCUGCAGUUCUCUAUGCAGUUAUGACUCUGGUCAGCACAUACCUGGUGGCCUUUGCUUACAAAAACGUCAAGUUUGUCCUCAAGCACAAGGUCGCUCAGAAACGUGAGGAUGCUGUGUCCAAGGAAGUGACCCGCAAGCUGUCUGAGGCAGACAACCGCAAGAUGUCCCGCAAAGAGAAGGACGAGAGGAUCUUGUGGAAAAAGAAUGAAGUGGCAGAUUAUGAAGCUACAACAUUCUCUAUCUUCUACAACAACACGCUGUUCCUCGUGCUCGUCAUCGUCGCCUCUUUCUUCCUGCUGAAGAACUUCAACCCCACAGUGAACUACAUUCUGUCCAUCAGUGCCUCCUCUGGUCUCAUCGCCCUCCUGUCCACAGGAUCAAAGUGAGAAACAAAGAAGAAUGAAUUGAGCAACACAAAGUAUUUUGGAGGGGCACACAAGGGGACUGAUUGGUUCAGUGGGGGUUGUUUUUGUGGGUGGCACCGUGGGUGGAGGAAACAAGCAUUUCAUCUGUGGACUUUCAUGAAAUUCAUGAUCAGUGGAUGCCAAGGGGUCAUUUCUGACCUUCACCCUUCUUUUCUUUUUAUACAAAUAAAUGAGAAUUGACCAAAAAUAAA